AUCUCCGUGCUUCACCGACGAAGAUGUCCUGAUGACGCGUUGGGUUGUGUUGCCAGUUGGAGCCGCCUUGGCACCAGCUCUUCCGCCCCGCACGCUGCAUCCCGACCUGGCGGCCGUCGGGAUGAACCUCUUCCCUGACGGGGCCUUCGUGCAGCUGGAGCUCGCGCGCGGCGGCGGCAGGUACCUCUGCGCCUACCCCGACUCCAUGGCGGUCUGUCUGCUCCCGCUUGGCCGCGUCCCCUUCGAGGCCACCGUGUGGCGGGUCCACCUCUGCCGCAGGGAGCAGGGUAUCGCCUUUCUCAUGCUUCAGGGGGCCGCGUACGGCAGAUACUUCGGCGGUGUGAGCGUGUCGCAGCACAUCUGGCACGCCUCACAGUGCUCCUAUGACGGCGAGGAUGCCCACGAGAUCAUGUGGGAGCCGAUGCCUGUUCGUCGGGGCCUCCACAUCUUGCUGCACAACGUGCGGUACGGCCGUCUUCUUCCCACCAGCCACCGUGUGAGCAUGAUGCAUUGGAAGGUCCACCUCGUCCCUGCGAGCCCCACUCCGCCAGCACUUCCACGGACACCGACAGAACCGAGCAAUGUCGGCAGUUUCGGUGACAGCUUCCGGCUGCUGCAGCGGACGAUACGAUUCGUGUGUGCUGACAGUGAGGGCUGCUAUCCCAACAAAUGGUUGGAGUUCACCUUCGAAGGCUGCUCCAUCAUUAGCUUACGUGCUCGAAUAGCAGACCUUCUGGGAACCCCUCUUGGAAUCAUACUUUGCGUACAUGCUGGGAGCUUUGGGAGAUUAACUCCUCUCGUUAGCAACCUACCUCGCAAUAGAGAGACCAUGGAUAUUGUAGUCCUCCACGCCUCAUCCCCAGCUACUGCAAGAUUAAGGUACCCAGAGAAGGAUCCACCAACACCCUGAAGUACUUUGGAUAGGCGAAGAGGCCAGCCCCAUCGCUACACGCUGGCUAGGUGCCCCAGUUUCCACGUCGGCGUAUAAGGUCCAAAUCACCCCGGCUGGUGGCUUCGCAGAACGUCAGAAGUGCUUGCAGAAGAACCAGCGCCUCAUCUGUGAAAAGACCAAAGAUUCUAUCAGAGAAUGCGUUGUGUUGAGAGCUGUUGAUGCCUUGUCAGAAAAAAUAGCUAAAAGCUCUGACCAAAGGGUAAAUUGGUUCUGACAAAAAGUACUGGACCUAUGCUGCCUGCGUUGCCGGAUGCACACCCUCGUGUAUUGCUUGUAUGCGUGGCCUGUCACUUUUAUCUGUGUCAUACAAGCUUGUUAGCCUGCGUUGGGCAAGCCCUUAGAAGCCUGAAACACCAGAUAGCCCGUAACUCACGGUAGUGAUGUAGUUCUAAAUUUGCUAUGCAGAGGGAUGAGCCAAGUAUUCGCAAACAUGCUGUAGAUAAUCAGGCGAUUGAAU